CACACUGUAAAGAUACCUAGGUGUGCGCACUUCUCUUGUACCGCGCCUGUCUCUCACAAGAGUACCGCCACUACAGUACGAAUCAACAGCCAUACGUGCGGUCGCCCACCGCAUCGUGACGAACACACAUCAGGCAAUGGAACCGUCCAAUAUGUGUUACAUAGCGGUUGCAGACCAACACAAAAGGAUUGCGAUGGUGUCUUCAUAAAUGUUCAUGGCAAUGCGAAUGUAAUCGUGUGGUGAAUGGUAGCCUUGACACGCAGCCAUUCGACAGCGCGUCAAAAUUUCUUCACGUUGGGAGAAAUGUCAAUGUAAUCACACCAACGCAGCGCCAUUCACAAUCCAUCAUCAGUCUCCACAUUAGACCACUCGCGCAUCGUCAAAUUCUUCGAGAUUAUAAGAAAUUGCUGGCUGACCAGGUCAUUCUGAUACCAUGUUGAAGCAAAAGCAAUUCGUGCGGCCCCCCAAGAAGCAGAAGCCCAAAGCGGCAAAUCCUGAGUCACCAGAAGAAUUUCAGGAGGCCGCCGACUUUCAGGAGGACGCCGGAGGCAAGCAUCGUGCUGGAGACCCUGUGAAGUCGGCCAGAGCAUUCUUGCGAGCACUAGACAUCUACGAUCAAGGUCUUGCGAAGCAUCCCAAAAAUUUCGAUUUGGCCUACAACAAAGCUCGUCUACAGCUAGAAAUCUCACAACAAGCCAGCUUAGUAGACCACAUCGGUCACGAUGUGCACGAAUGGCUCUCCAUCGCUCUGCAGUCACAUCAAUAUGCGCUCAGAUUGGACGAGCAAAACCCCGACCUACUCUUCAACACCUCACAAGUCCUCACGAGCCUUGCCGAAUCACUCGAGGAGGCCGACAUGACCGACAAGGCGAUCUCAAUGUGGGAGCAAGCACUUGAGAUCCUGUCCUCAUGCUUAUCACGCCAGGAAGUCAUGUUCGAGCAGCAUCGUGCGGAUUUUCCUGACAACGAAGAUGGUGGAGUCCCGCUCGAGCAAGAGAGCACAGAGCCAUCCACGGCAGCUGCACCCGACGUGGAGAUGCUUGACCAAUCCGAAGAAGGGGAACAAUCAGCCACCAUUGAGAGCCCAGUGUCAGCAUUAGAUAUGCUUGAUACCGUACAUGCGUCGCUCUCGGCUCUAAUAGCUUUGGUGUCUGUGAUGCCAGGGAAUAAUCUGGAAGGAUUGUCAAAGAUGGCACAUCACUUGACGCAAAUAAAGGCGCCUGGCUACAUCGAUCUCGUGCCGACCGAAGAGCAGGACCAAGCACGGGUGACUACCGCUGGCUUGCGCGCGACAUUCACUGCAGCUCUGGCAGACUCGCAGUAUCAGGCCGAGCUGAUCGAUCUGCAGACGUACGCUCAGAGCUUGAACGCUUUCCAGGUCCCCAACAAGGAAGCUCAUGUCGUAAUUCUGGGCUCGGAAGCAGAGGCGCGACUCGAGCUUGUACAUUCGGCCAUUGAUAUGGCAGCCACCACUUUACCGGUUCUGCUUUGCUGGAAACAGCUUUCGCUGGCCCAAGAGGCCCUCACAAAAGCGGCCACACUUAAAGAUGAGGACGCACAGGCACGCAAGGCAGAGAUAUAUCAGUCCAAGGGCGACAUCGAGCUCAUUCGGCAUCGAUUGAUUCAAUGGCCCUCGACGCACCAACUUGACCCGCUGACCGAUGCCGCGAAGAAGUCUGCUCCGACUUUGAUCCAGAACGCGAAGAAAUUCUACUCGGGCUCAGCGCAGUUUGCGAGUCGAGAUGGGGACGAGAAAGCCGAGGCCGUGGCCAAACAGCGGCAUGCUAUCGCGCAAGGGAUCGCAGCUCGUUUCUAUGGAGAAAUCCAACCUGAUGAAGCUAUUCUGGAGAGAUUGGCUGCAGAAGGAGGACAAUACAUCGAUGAUUACCUGCUCGAUGGGGACCUGCUACAAGCGAUCCUCAGUGGUGGGUCUCAAGCAGGACGUAGCUGAUCGUAGUCGUUUCCGAGCCUAAUGUCCGUAAAAAUAAUGAGGAGGCUUUAGCGAGAUGUCGGAUGAAAAGCAUGUUCAUCAAGGUUCCAAAUGCAGUGGAAAUGUAUCUGCCCAAAAUUAGCCCACUCACUGGAAAGUCCAUUUUCACGCCACACGCACGCAUUUAACAGUCGGUCUUUUCCUAGAAAUGAGAAAUCGUACGUGCGUGAAUGGAUAAUGAAAGAAAGCGGAGGUCUUAUGAGAGGAAAUUGUAGUUACUUUGACAAUAAAUCACUACGCAAUCUGCACUUCGGCU